GCCCAUGGUUGAAAAAAACACCAAAAUGGAGAGGGGCGACUCGCGCGAAUAUCUCGCUGUUAUCUUAACGAUUUUCCCUCCUUCCCGAACCGAUAGAAAGUGCCUCAAAUUCUCUUUUCAGGACCGCGAAUUAACAAGAAAAUGCCUCACUUUUUGGCCUGGAAUAAAACGAAUUCUGUUUUCAAAGUCUCGAGCAAGGUGUCAUUCAAUACGGUUUGGUGCACCAAAAAAGGCCUCUUAUAGGGUGUGCGAUUUUCUCAUUCGCUCAUCACCGAGUGGUCGGCAGUUCAACGCAAGCCACAAUGGCGAUUGCGUAGGGAUCUUUCAAGGAAACAGACUUCUUUGUUCGUUUUUUCCCGUUUGCUGAACGAAGGACAACUCUAUUCGUCUUUAUGGAGGAAAUACAAACUAAACCCAGCGCUUUGAAGUUUGAAACGAGCAGUUUCAACGAAAGUACGGGCAAGCAUUGUUUGUAUAAACUAGUCGUACGGAAAAUUGUAUGCAUAUUUUAGCGUUCCUUCCACGUCUGAAUCUGUUCGACAGAAAACUUUUGCUCCUUGUUGAAGGAGACUGAAAUGAGAUUUUCCCUUCGGUUUGGAAGUUUAGGGAAUGGCGGAGGAAUCAAGUAAAUUUCCCCGAUUUGGGAUAUUGAAAAUUCAUGAAAUUUGUGAAUUAAUAUUCGAUAUUCUCUUGUCGUUUCUAAUUUUCGGAAAUUUAUUCCUUUCACAGUAGAUGUUAGUGCUAUCAGAGAGCACGGAAAAACUGCUAAUGUCAUGUUUGAAGGAAAAAACAUUCACUCUUCACCGUUGGAUGGGAAACUGCUUUGUAGUUACAGCGAGAAACUUUGUAAGCAACGGAGGCUCAAUGGCUACGCUUUCUGUAUUCGUCAUGUGUUGGAGGACAAAAAUGCCCCGUUUAAACAGUGCCGAUUUGUGGCAAAAUACAACGGACAUCAAUGUACGAAUCCUAUACCAUUUGCCGAGGAAAGAAUGUAAGAGUUUGUUGUGAUAUUUAAGCUUAUUUCUCUUUCUCUUCUUUGAGUUUCAAUUUUUGCUUGAACGCUUUCGCGCUUUCUUUGAUGUAAACGAAGAUAGAACUAAUCUUCCCACGAUAGAGCGACCGUUAUUUACCGCUUUAAAUCGUCAUGUAAACGUUCUUUUACCUUUUCAGAUACUGUAACAGCCAUCUUCAAGUCCUGGGAAUUGUUCCUAAAAAGAAUCGACGGAAAAAACCCGGCGAAGGUGGUGAAGGCGAAGUGAAUUCAUCUCUAUCGACCUCUGAAUCGAAAUUACGGACAGAUGUUUUAGCGACUUCUGGUUCAACAAACAUGUCUUCGCUUCCUCCCCAAAUAUUUCCUCUGCGUGCAAAGAAAGCUAAAAUUGAACCACAACGAAAAAGGUAUGCGAAUAUCCCUGCUGUAGAGGAGUUGAGGCAGAGUAGAAAGAAAUGGCGCAAGGAUAAAGCAGAUUUAUUCAAGAUUUACGGUAAGAAUUUUCAUGUAUUUUCUUAGUUUAACUAGCGAAUGAAGCUUUAACUUGAUUGCGUGUUGUCCGCGAAUACUUUUGUGCAACUCGAUUAGUUUAGAGCACGAAAUAAAUCUAUCAUGUAAGCUUACAUUAACAUUGCACCUCAAGCCUUCGUUUAAAAACUUGAAACAUCAGGUUUUUCCGUGUGCUUGCCAGAUAUAUUUGUUCUAGCAUGCUAGAGAUCUUUGUUAAGACUAUUCAUAAAUUUGAAGUCACAUUACAAACUAAAAAUAUUCUAUUUCAGUCGGUAAAUGAAAUGAACACUGCAUGUCGGUUUCUCAUUUUAUAUUUCGACGGUAGAUGUUAUGGUUAGUAAAACAUCCACCAGUUUAAAAUCCACGUUUCUAGAGUUUUAGUUGAUUUUUGUAGGGUGGCAAGAUUUAGCUUUGUUCUCUUUUUUGGCACAAGGGUUAUUUAUGAAAAUUCAUGUGAUAGUCAUAGAUAUAAUCAUAUGAGUUUUCAGCUUGGCAGUUUUCAGUUUAGUUGAACUUUAAAAAUAAGCUUAACUGUACAUACUAUCGUAUGUUUUUUUACUUUGUUUUAUAAGAUGAGACCUUGAAAGAAAUUUCUUAAAGACUUUUUUCCGUGAAAUCAGACAUAACUUUUAAUAAAAUUAUAUGCUUUUCAAAUCCAUAUAUUAUAUAUGCUCAAAAUUUACAUAGAAGCUAAAAAGUUCCCUAAAAUACCUAUGUGCAUGUUUUGUUGUCACAGCUUUUUUACGCACAUUUUGUUGUUUUAUGUUUGUUGUAUACAAUGUGCAGAAUGCUUUCAGUCGUGUUCAGAUAAAAUAGUUUGCAAGAAACUAUGUUACCGUAGAGUCAAAAAUUUUAACCAUGUUGCGACCUUCCCUGUGUGCCAGAGGUUUAUUUUUCUUACCUACUGAAUUUCCUCGAAUAACAGCCAUCCCUUGAUUAACCACUUCCCUUGAAUAAUCGUUCCCCCCUUAGACUGAAAUACCGUAACAUUCUGAAAAUAAGCCCCUCCAAAUAUAAGCCCCCCCAAACCGGUAACACCAGAAACCCUCCGUUAAAUUGCCCCUUCAAAUAUAAGCCCCCCAGGGGCUUGUACUUGGAAAAUUGCCCUCAAAUACAACGUAAAACAAAGCAAAAACGGUAAAUUUACCUCCAAUUAUAAGGCUAGCCCUAUCGAGUUUGAAACACAAAUUUCCCUCCGUAGAUAAGCCCUUCCGAAGAUAAGCCCCUCCAAAAAUAAGCCCCUCAAAAAGGGCCUUGAAAAAUGUAAGGCCCGGGGCUUAUUUUCAGAAUUUUAUGGUUUUUAAUAAAAUUGCCUUCCUCGAUUAAUUACCCCCCCCCAACCCUCUUGCCAUCUCUUUCCUCUAUGCCCUCUCUGUCAAGUUGAAGUGGAGUUUGAUUCAAGCUCUGAUGCCGAGGAUGUUACUUGAAGGCAAAACAUACUGUGAGAAGGCAUCUCACAAAAAGCAGACAAUGGGUGUCUAGGAACGUCUUCUGGGCUAUGCCUCUUAGCAUAAUACCUUUUUAUGUCUUGUCUUUCUGUUGUUUGCUUUUUGUGUGAUACUUCGAAGUGUUACACCUUUUUGUGUGAUACCUUUUUGAACUUGUGGAUUCCGCGUAGCAUAAGGAACAAGUUAUUGUGGGCACUGUGAUAUGCAAAUGUGUCACUCAGAUGUAGACACAGGGUUUGCGCAGUCUUAAAAAGUCCUUGAAUUUUAGGGGAAGUCCUUGAAAAGUCCUUGAAUUCCAUUUUUCCUUGAAAAGUCGUUGAAUUUUCUCCAACUCUGAAUGCAGUGGCCUGAAAAGAAUGUUUUGAUGCUUUUUGCUUGGCCAAGAGAGAAUAUAAAUCAUAGCUCAGAGAAUUUAAAGGUUUUUUACAUAAAGUACUCUAUGUUUUAUGCAAUAAUUAACUAUCAGUUUGAGACAAGUGGACUGAAAAAUGUAGAGAAGUUGGCAAAGCAAACAGUUCAAGCCUUAAAGUCUUAUUAGAACAGACUGGGAAUGUACAUUUUUGUACAGUCUAUGAAAUUAUAUUCCUAGUAGGUGGUCCUUGAAAAUCUAACGUGGUCCUUGAAAAGUCCUUGAAAAAUGGUUGCAAUUUUUUGUAUGAACCAUGGUAGACACCUGUCGUAAAUCAGUCAGCUCUGCACGAAAGCCCCUGAUAUCAAAACGACAACUGUCGUAGAUCGUUCCCAUUCCAUGAUGUGCUGAUUUUGUACAUUUCACAGGAGUCACAUGUGUCUUUAUGUGGACUGUGAAAGUUUUAAAUUAGCAUUAUGGCCAGCUUUGAGACAAAAGUUUAUGAACUUUUGAAGCUUUUUGACUCGUUCAGGUGAUAAACAUGACAAAAAGAUCAGCAAUUGCUCUUCGACUCCUCGUGAAAAUUCUAUUGAAUUUUGUCAUAGAUAUACCUUCAUACAUGGGUCACAUUCUGUUGAUCAUGUCUGAGUAUCAUGUUAAGAUGCAAGCUGGCAUGUUUUAUUUUUUGAUUUGUCUUUUCUCAACUUAGCAAGAUCAACUUCUUAUACUUCUGAAACCUACCUUAUAUCUAGCCCUUGAAAAUAGCUCUUUUAUCCGCUUCUUUGUCCCCUAAAUGAAAGAAAAUUUGUGUAGUGUGCAAAGCACUGGAAAAGGUGAAGUUAUUAUACAUUCAUGUCAAGAGGAAAGUUUGUAUACAACUUAGAUUUUUUUGCUUAAUUUUAGAUAUUAACAGUUCUGAUGGAGAGAGUUCAAGUGAAGGUGAUGAAAUGCCAUGGCAACAGAUAUGGCUGUCAUCUGAUAGUGAUAUUGAUUAUGAUGCACUAAGGAGGGAAAAUAACACGAGGGGUAAGUUCUCACAAAUGGUUUCAUAUGAGUUUUUUUGUAGUGGAUUCAGCAAGGAACCUGAAGGGCCCUUCAUGUAUUGAGUCACUCUAUAAAUUGUUUAAUUGACUGGGAAAUAAUUCUUCGUAGUUAGUGAAGCGAACAACUCAGUUGCCGAUGAAUGGCACUACGCACGUCUAUGAGCGAGGGACGUGACAAUUUUGCCAUGUUAGAAGACUGGCUUUUCCUUUAAAUAUUUCCUUCUAUUUAAUGCAACACACGCCACUUUGGAGGUCUAAAUUUCGGAUACUGAGGAUAAAGAAGACAUGGAGAAAAAUAGGGACUCUGAGAAUUUCGCGCACAAUGCACGAGUUUAAAGCUUCACCGGAACAUCCCAUCCGGGAGCUUCACAGAGAGCGACCUGAGGAAAAUAGGAGCUAUUACUGACAACGUUUGGUGACUGAGUAGAGCAUACAAGUGUAGCCCACUUCGAGGUUUCAGGGGGUUUGGUUUUGUUUGUAUUUGUAUCUUGCUAAGCUUUUAUCAUUAAAUUUGUACAUGAUCUUGUGAUCACAAUUCUGUGUUUUCGCCCAUUCAGCAAGCACGCUAUAUUGAUGUCAGCAUUCGCGAGUUUCAGAAACAAGCCUUUGAAAGUUUUUUAGCUCUCGUGAUGUUUCUUGAUAUUUCUUUUACCAUUUUAUGAAGAUGUUAACUGAAGUCACCGCAAAUUGGAAACUUGAAAAAGCGUAUAAUCCAUUUAUCUCGAAACAUGACACACAUGACUUAUACGACCUUUAUUUUCGUAAAGGUGUUUUGAAUACGAACGAACACAGUCAAUGUGAGGGGCAAAAACAGCAUUAAUAUAAAUGAACCAUAGGGUUUUAACUAAUAUAAGGGUCAAUUAUUGUGCAUUGAGAUGAAUCGCUUGAAAAGAGAGACUUCGCUUGAAGAUGUGAUCAGAAGUAAACAAAGGCAUAAUAGUGCGUCACGUUCAGUCUUUUUAAUAUGCAAGGAGUCACUGUGAAUAGUGUUUCCAUAUUGUUUAGCUGGCACAAAAACUUCGGACGAGUUAUAAAGCGGCAUAGUUAUCUUCCAUGAAGAAAAGUUUGUCUUGGGUGAGACAAACAGAACUGGAGCGAAUUUUUAACUCACAUCGGUAUCAGGUAAAAAAUAUGUUAUCGAUCGUUUCAUCUAUUUACAUUGUUUGAAGUGUGUGCUGGUGAACGCAACAUGCGAGCGAGAAGUCUUUAAACUUUUUUAGGUCUCAAAAUGCGAAGGAUUUUAUUCCUUUAAGUUAGAGAAAAAUACCAUGAGGAAAAUCUUAAAACUGAAUAUUUUUCUUCUUUUAGAAAAAAUAGUGCGUUUUCUUGUAGACUGUGGACCGCAAAUUAGGAUCGCACUUUUCACAAUCAUGCGAAUUCCGAAGUUCAGAAGCCAACCGACGAUUGCGUUUUUCGCUUCUGUCAAUCAUCUUAACGGACCUCUUAGGAAACAAAACUCUACUUCACGGGUUCAAAAGGUCAUGGUUUGUGAUUUGUGGAUUUCGAUCCGUUUUGUGUGUUUCUCUGUUUCAAGGUUCGUUGCUUUUGAUCGUAAUUAUGAUUGACGGCAGCGAUAAACACAAUUGUGAAGGUGGCUUUUGAACUUUAGAGUUCGCAUGUUUGUGAAAAGCGCAGUAAAGUCUCCGUGCAGUCAGUGAGGCCCCUGGAUCAGGCGGGAUCAAUGGGCAGUUAACUGUCUGUUUUAGUAUACUUCUGGUUUUCAUAUAAUACAAUAUUUCUGUCUAGUGUAAAUCAGCUCAUUAUACUCGUAGACCGACAACAAUUUUGGGAAUUUCCAGUUACGUCACGUUAUACUGUCACGCUAUAUUUUGAGGCACAGAGGGAUUAGGGGAGGGGUACCUGGAAAUAAUGCAAAUUGUUUCCUGCUUAGAAUUAAUGGCUAACUUGUCUAUUUUUAUUCAUAGUGGUGGAAUUUAAAAGUUAUUAUACAGGCCCCACUUAAAAAUGGUACUCUUUUUUUUGGGUUACGAAAGUCUUUCAAAAGGGUACAAUGUUUUGAAUGAGUUUAUGUUUCAGUCUCACAUGAGGUUCUGUCGCAUGCAGUGGUUGCCAACAAGGUUUUAUGGUAGCCUGAGUGUGUAUAGCCGCCCCCUCCCCUCAGAAAAAAUAGCCCCUUGGCAGCCCAGUUAAAAAUCGCCGUUCGGCGAUUCUUGUUUAUUAUAAAUUACAUUUAGCAAAUUUAAUAUUUGUAUUGAAUUCUCGCAUAUUCUAUGUAACAUGUUUGUCCUAAUUGUGCACAAAGGACUUUGCUGUUAAUUGGUUAUAUGUCAGUUAAAAUGAUAUAAAUAUAUGAAAAUCAUAUAUAGGAACUGAGGGGUGAAGAAUUAAAUGAAACAAAACCAUAGCAGUGAAUAGAUGCAACUUUCGCAGUUCAAAAGGAAAGCCUGAAAAAUUUAAGCCUUUUACGGGAUUUGAACCCUUGACCUGUGCAAUACUGCUGCAGUGCUCUUAUCAAUUGAGCUAACAAUCCGACUGGAUGUAGGUCUGAGUUGGUUUGUUAUGCAUGUAAGCCCUUGGAUGGAUGACAAUGAAAUAAUGAAAACAUGAAAAUUAUAUUUAUUAUACGUAAACACCAUUUAAAUACCAGGUGAGCUUUUGUGUGAAAAUAUGAUACUUUCACACAUGGAAAUAACAUGUUAUCUUCACAUGCGGAAAGAUCAUCAUUGCUGUGGCUACAUGAUCAAUCGCGCCUUUCACAGAAAAAAUUAUUAAAGUGAAAUGGUUUAGUAUUUAAUUGGCAUUUAUUACAUAAAUAGAACAAUACAUUACAUGGCUGCUUGGAGAUACAAAAGUUUUCUUCUUGUGUUUCAACACUUGAAGAGACAAUUUGUCUGCACAGCCAUGUAACAUCCUCUAAAAAUUGUUAGCAUGUCAGUUAUUAGCAAAAUUUGUAGAUGACAUAUCAAUGUUGAAAAAUCUUCAAAAUGCUUAUUUAUUUCAGUCUUGAAGCUGAUAUCAGAACUGCUAAGAUUUCCAGACUAAGCACACAGUUACGGCGGCAGCUUCACCAACUCAGGAGAACACUACGGACCCAUCAUUAUCAUCACAAGGAUCUUGUGGCAUCUGGAAGUGUCCUAGUUAAGGCUGUUUCCCGUAACAGCUCAGCAUGUGUGGAUUCCUUAUUUGAGAAUAGCAAAAAAUCCAGGAAAACUAGGUGAGACUUGUCUUGCCAACUGGUGAUUUCCUUUUGUGGACAGAAAGGCUGUGCUUUAGCAGUAGCCGGUGUCCCCUGGGACCUAACUGUUGCUCCUAGGCUACUAGGAAAUCUCAUAGGAUUUCAUAAGUUCAGAGCACUGAGUCCAUUUAACUUUUCUUAGAGCACAGCCUUGACAGUGCUUGUAUAAUGGCACUUCCAAAUUUCAUUUUGUAAAAUGUUUAAAAACAAACAGCAGGAUGUAAAGACUGUGCUGCCAAAGAUAUUUCAUGUGAAUGGUCAUACCAUAGGAUUCAUCCACUGAUUCAAAUGUUAGAACCACAACACAAAAUGCCAUCAUUCAUUACUGAGCUAUGUGUCAGGUGCUGAUUGGUCAAGAGCAGAAAGUGAUGUGGUGGUGGCACAAAUGUUUUCUUCUUUCUUGCGCAUGCAAGAAACUUCAGUGGAAGUGGGAAUUAAGAACAAACAGCAAGCUCACCUUGCCUAUUUCAUUUUGUGGCAACAAAACUCUGAUAUAUUUUUUUCCUUUUUUGUCCACAGACCCAGACCAACAAGAUGCUUGUCAAAAAGUUGUGCCUUUUCACAAGAUGAUGUCCAGUGCAAUAAAAAAGCUUUUCCAUAUACCAAGUUCUGCAAGAAUCGUAUCUUUUUAUGAAAAUUAACAGUCACUCUAUAGAGUGCUCUACUAUACUUUGUUGCAUCUCUGUUUGGAUUGUUGUGAAGGUCAGCUUCUAUUACUAGUCAUCUGUAUGUAUGCAAAUGUUUAAAAACUGUCCGGUGAUAAAACCUUUUUGAGGAGGACAAAAUGGUGACUUCUCUUUUCCUUUUGGAGCAAGGAUUAAAACUACUUCUGAUCUUGGCCCUUGUGAUUCUAGAGAUUACUUCCUCUCAUUCAAGUGGCUGAAAGGUUCUUUAGUCCAUAUUACCAUAAGCGUCCAUUUCAGAGCUGGCAUUAGGUCUAAAGCCUAGAGGGGGUAGUAGGGUUGGGUAGUUUUGGUAGGGUUGUGCUACCAAGUCCUGUAACUCCUUACUAUUUAAGAUUAAAUCUAAUCAUUUUGCAUCCCUUUUUAAGACAAGCUAGACCUUUUUUGUGACCCUGAUUCAUUUCAUUUCAUAUACAGAAUCAGGAGCCCAUUUCCUGAUGUAAAAAGUCUUUUUUUUAUUAGAAAAAUAAUUUUUAAACAACCGUUGGUAUUACACAUUUAGACCAUGCACCACUGGGAUUCAUAUCCUGUUCAAGGCUUCGACAAGAGCCCCAAAACCAUGCUUUGUCAGGCAGCACAUACCUGUUUAGGUCCAAUAAGGGAGUGUCCAAUGAGGUCCACAUUAAACUCUCUGGUAGACACCAUUGUACCCUGCGAGCAGAGGCUACAUUUUUCCUGCGUGAGCUGUCUUGUGAAAAGUAGCCUCUGCCGACAACCGUUCAAAUCUGUCCAGAAAUCUGGACAAAUAAAUCUAAAAAAACGUUUUUUUCCUGUUUUAACCGGUGUAGAUGAUUGCAUGAGUCUUGCGUAGCAGAUCAGAGUUGUUGCAAUUUUUUUAUUCCCACGAAACUUGCGCCAUUUGACGACAGACCAUGCCGAUUAAUUUUGCUUGUGAAUUGCGUGACAAAUUUUGUGCUUGCAUGAUAGAAAAUUGAACAAUUGUUGGCAUAGGCUACUUUUCACAUGCCGCAUCAGACAGUGAAAAUGUAGCCUCUGCUCGCAGGGUAACACCAUUGAGUCUGACACUAACAUGAGACGGAAAAAUGGAUUUGUACAAAUUUGCUCCUUGCAAAUAUAUUGCAAAUAUAUAAAUACUGAGGAGUGAAUUCAUGCAAACAUGGUAAAUGUCACAUUUGCCAUGUUAUUUUUAACCCCGUUUUUGGUACGCAAAUGUGACAUUUACCAUCUUUGCCAUAUAUUUACUCCUCAGUAUUUAAAUAUUUGCAAGGAGCAAAUUUUUGAAAAUCCAUUUUUUCAUCCAGUGAUAAAUGUCCGACUUAAGGCGCUUUCCAUUUGUCAGAACUGGCUGGCCGGACCAUUGCUGGACCAGUCAUUUAGCAAGUGAAAUCGGCCUUUUCCAAAGGGUUUUUGCUAAAACACCAUCACCUUCUUGUGAGCUAUUUAGGAUUUGACUGAUCUGGCUGGAUAGUUUUGAUUACAAGUGAAAUUCUCAUCAUGACUGGAAAGGUCUGGCCAGUCAAUUCUGACAAAUGGAAAGCACCCUUAGAGAGGUGUCUGUUUCAAAGAGAGUCGAAGAAAAGGAUUACAGUGGAAGUAUAUGUAGCUCCAGGUGUCUAUUUCAGCGAGGCAGGAGUGUCUGUUCUGUUGUUAUGCCGAUCAUCAAUCAUAAUCAAUCAUUGACCAAAAUCUUUAAGCAAUGCUAUAAUUGAUUGUGGAAAAAUGUUAAGUGGAUUAUUGCACGAUCUGAAAAUUUUUUUCGGCUAAUAUGCAAAAAAUAAAGAAAAAAGAGAAUUUGAUCACCUGAAAGCACAGAGAAAUUCUGAGCUGAGUGGUGCACAGUCAAAAGACUUAAAAUGUUUGUAUAACAUGUACUCUGACUUGCACAAAGGUGAAAAAUAAAUGGAAUUCUUAUAAAGAGAUUUAUCUAUGAUGAUCCAUCAGGUUGGUCUCUCCAGUUAUAUCUGAUGCUUGAUUAUGAAAUCUCAACUGAUUUCCAAUGCUAGUAUGAGGUCGACAGUAGAUAAAUGUACAUUGUAUGAAAAUCUUAGUAGUAACGGAUGACUCUCACUCUUUGUGUGGUCAUAUAUAUUUACUUAUACCACUAUUUGCUUGUAUUUCCUAAUGUUAAGGUAGAAUAUUAGUUGUUUGUUAACUUAAUAAAAAUAAACAGACAUAAUGAAUGAUGCGAAGCAAGUCUUGUAUGCCCAGUGCACUGCAAAGUGGCCUGGUGGACUCCAGUGCUCUGUACCUGUGUUUGAUGUCAUCCACGAACGACCUCUCUGUGAUGAACAUGCAAGGAAAAAGGUGCAGUGCAUAAUAUCAAAUACAGAUUUCUUUUCAUGCCUCCUCAUUCUGUGAGGGGAAUUUUGUUACACCACUUGUGGGCACAAAUUUGCUGUGCUUUACAAUCAAUAAGAGAACAAGUCAUACAUGAAGAUGACCCCUGCUUACCACUGACCAAGGCCAAACCAUAGAUUGUUUUGUGUGUGUGUUUUGUAACAUGCCUUUUAGGUAAGAAAGGUUAAAAAGUCGCCAGAAACCAGUGUUUUAAGAAAGUGGUGUCUGAAAACUAGUGGAUUUUGCUUUCAGGCUGGUGAAUUCUGUUCUUAACUUGCCUGAUAGCCUGCGUGAAAGGAGUUUGAAGGGGAAAGGAAUUGGGGGUGCGUGAGAAGUGUGAAAGAGUCUCCCUUGGGCAUAGACUCGCACCAAAAUAUCUUCCCCUUCCCUUUUGAACACCUGCCACGCAUGGUACUUGCCUGGUAAGCAAGUGACGUUUUUGGGGGAAUUCUAGCCAACUUAUAUCCAACGCGCACUCAUGGAAUAAUUGUUAAAUACACCUUGUUUGCCCCCUAAAAUGUUUCAUAACCUUUGUUUUUAAUUUCUCCUUGGUAUUACAUUUGUCCAGAGAGAAAUUGAAAGCAAUGCUUGUGCAAAAUGUUGGGGGACAAACAAGGUGAACUAUGUCCAAAUGAGAAAUGUAAUAGAAUUUGUAUUUAUUAUUAUUUUUAUGUAAACAUUUUAAUACUUUACAGGCCAAAUUUCAAGAGGCACAAGAACAAGCACAGGCAGCUGCUGCAGCCGCAAAAUCAUCUCCAGGGGUAAUAAAACCACCCCCUAAGAAACCUCGCCGUAAACCCCAGCCAAAGGCCCCAUUACUUCAAAAGGUGGCAAAACAAGCUAAAAGGGUAGCCAGUAGAAAAGCUGCAGCCCCAAGGUCAAACAAGGCACAAGUAACAAAGGCUCAGCCAAACAAUUCUCAAAGACCUGUUGGUUUAGACGGUACAUUUAGUCCGGACAAUUCAUCCGAUAUGUUAUCUCCAGAUGUUAGUCUUUCAUUAUCAUCGGACUAUUCACAGGGCAGUGCCUCGUCGCCCUUGUCCCCAGUACUUGAAGACUAUCAGCAGUAUGGCUCUUCAGUGUUUGGGACGCAGCAGAGGGACAAUAUGCUACUUGGGGAUCUUGACAAUGUGGAGAGUCUGGACAGGGACUUCCCUGUUGUUUCUAAUGGCAGUUCUUUGAAGGGGCUGUAUUCUCCAAAAAGCAAAGGUAGCAUUGGGCAUUCUAUUCCUGCCUCUGUAAUAACCCACACUCCAGGCCUUGUAAACAGCAGUUUAAUACUUGGUGAUCAGAAUGACACUAGGACAAAAUCUUCACCGCUUAAUAGCAAGAGCAAAAACCCUAAACCCAGGGAAACUAAGAAGCUGCAGAACAUUGGUGGUACGUCGUUACACUCUGUGACAGGAGUUCUGUCACCUCAUAUUCACCACAACAAUAUCAAGGAGGAGAACAAGAAAAUUAAACAACUUGCUCUUAACAAAGAUCCCAUGUUUUCUCCACCACACGGACUUCUUGGCAGCAACGAGCUGAAGAAACACAGCAAUGGAGUGAGCUCUGGUCAUCUUCACUCUCCGCCAAUGACAAUGGAUGCCAUGUUAUCUCCUACACCGAGAACCUGGUCUGCGAUUGUAACGAACACUUCGCCUGCUGCAUCUUCAUUCUCAUCACCUCUAAAUUCAACACAAACUGGAUUAUCAAGAUUAGCAUCACCACCCUUCUCCCCAACCUCAAUAUCCCCUCAUAUCUCACCCCACACGACUCUAGGCAAUGUGUUCACAUUUGACAGAACCUCGCACUUUCAGCAGUCACACAUCACAUCGCCAACACUGAGCCCCGCGAGUCCAUCAUUCCUUCAAGGUCAAAUAAAGCAUCCGGGACCAACGUAUCCGCGUCACAGUGACCUUGACAACUCUGAUGAUCCCUUUCUUUCCCCAUUUGACAGGGAUCAGUCUUUAUUUGGAGGACCUUUCAAUCAAAAUCACGACUCCUCCUUGGGUGACCUUCGUCUAAGAUAAAGAGGGUACAAGGAGACGGUGACCGGUCGUUUCGCCAACGAGAAGAUGUUAUCAUAACACAUUGGCGAGACGACCUAACACGUCAGCGAAACGGCUUAAGACGUUGGCGAACAGGACGUAGGUGCAACGACUGGUUGGCGAAACGACCGUAAACCAAGGAGACAAAGAAGAAGCUAUAUCAAAGUUAGUUUACAGUGUAUUUUACUAAAGAGAGGGAAUAACUACCUUACGGCCAGUGCAGUUUAACCUUGGCCAAAAAAACGUAUGUGAUGUUUUAUAUAUUUGUUUUCUCCAUGCGGAGGAUAAACCUGGCACUUAUUCCACUCAUUGAUCAAUGAACAGAGUAUUGUCUAUAAUAUGUAAAAAAAGACUCGAUUGUAAAUAUUUCGCUCGUACUUUCCUGAUGAAACUUAUGCAGACAUUUAAAUGGUAAACAAACAUGAUUUUGGGGCCUUUUACUGCGUUAAAGCAACAUUUGCCAUAAACAGGAAUAUUUUGAAAGUAGUUUUGACCUGUGUAGCUGCAAGUCAUGGGAAUCAUUCAACUGUGGUAAGAUGUUAACAUUCAUUCUGUGCUACAACUUCCAUUUGCUAGAAUUUCGUAUAAUUAGAAAUCGCACACUACUGAACUGUAUCUCAGGAUUUUUAUCAUAGUUACAGACGCACGUUUGGUUUCUGUUAAGUGAUGGUUAUCCUUACAGCACUAAAAAGAACAGCAUUUUCCUUUUAAAAUGUCUCUUUUCUCCAAUGCUCAAAUGCUCUUUAUACAAUUAUGAAAUAAGUGUUUAGAAAGAACUGGAAAGCUUGUGUGAACUCGGGAAAUGUUUUCUAGUCGGACCAUGGAAAAGCGAAACAGGCAGUCUUAAACUGUAGUUGCUUAUGUUAGGGCUGUUUAUGCAAGAUAACUCGUAGCUUAAAUCAGGCUCGAAGGACCAGAUAUCGUGGAAUGUUAGCAACACACUCGAACGCUGGUUCGUUUAACAGGACCAUUUGUGUGGUUUGCUAACGGUGUUAUCCAAUCUUAUUCGUUCGAAGUUAUGUGUUUCAAUCUACGGUAGGUAGUAACGCUCGAAACUUACGAACAAGGAACAGAAAGCAAUUUAUAACAACUAUCCAAUACAAUACUUACGAGUCAAAUUGGGAGUAGUUGUUGGUACUGACAGUAAAAGGGACCUUACGAAACUACGACGGCGACGGCGACGGGAACGCCAAAAAAAGUAAUGGGUCUAACGUGCUAAACAGUAACUCUGCACGUGCAUCACGCUUUUUUGGUGCAUUUCUUUGCCGUCCUCGCACAAAUACGACGUGAAAUGACCAAAUUUUAAGUUUACUUGAGUUACGGGAACGGCCAGGCGAUAAAUUUUACCAUUUCUGUCUGAACUCUGGCGCAGUAGAUUCCCUUCUUUUAAGUAAACGGACGACUUGGGAUAAUCGCGAAAUAGUCUGAAAGGAUAUAAAGUCUAUUUUUUAGGGACGUCUUCAUGGACGUCGCCGUUUUCGAAUCGUAAGGUCCCUAAAGACAACGUGGUCACGAGCUUGUUUUAGUCCAUUUCAAGGCUUUUGCACCAGUUUACGACCAUUUGUAGUACCUUUUGACAGUUGGAGGUUUGUUAAACUUGAACUGCACUAGCAUUUCUUCCACUCCUCCUUUGAAACAACUCUGGUUGACUACUUCGUUUUUGUGACCAGAUACCAUCAUUAUUUUAUCACGAAGUACCCACUGGAGAGAGAAAAAAAUUUAAAUUUUUAUUUUGCUGAAUGUUUGUAAGUUUCCUUGCUAAACAUGUGAUGUUUUUGCUUAGAUCUACAUAACCAUUG